AUGAAACUUGAAGGAAAAGUAGCUUUUGUUACAGGAGGAUGAUCAGGGUUUGGAUACAAUACUGUUAGAAUGCUUGUGGCUCAUGGGGUGAAAGUCGGGAUAGCUGAUGUCCAGGAAGAAAGAGGGGAGGAGAUACAAGAGGAAUUUGGAAGUGAUUGUGUUGUUUUCAUCAAAACUGACGUCACUGAUAGUGAGCAAGUUAGGAAAGCAAUUGAAACAACUGUUGAGAAGUUUGGAGAGCUUCAUAUUACAAUAAAUUCUGCAGGGAUAGCAGGGUUUGAUUUCAUUCUUCCGAAGAAUCGCUCAUUUGAUUUCAAGUCUCAUAGGAGGCUGAUGGAUAUCAAUGUAAAUGGUACAAUUUAUUCAUCUGCUUACUCUGCAAAGUACAUGUCAAAGAACAAACCUCUCAAUGAUAGAAAAGAAAGAGGGGUCAUUAUCAACGUCUCAAGUGUUGCUGCUACAUAUGGACCUAUAGGAUUUGUAUCAUAUGGAUGUUCUAAAGGAGCCAUUAACGGAAUGACACUACCAAUGGCUAGAGAUUUGGGAAGAUAUGGAAUUAGAGUCCUCAACAUUGCACCCUCUCUCUUCAAGACUGAGAUGACUUCGGUCUCUGGUGAAGAAGUUUUUGAAAUAUUUAAUAAGAGUCAUCCAUUAGGAAGAGUUGGGCAGCCAGAUGAGUUCUCCAAGAUGGUAAAGACAUGUAUUGAGAAUAGUUACCUUAACGGAGUGAGUCUGCAAUUAACAGGAGGAGAUAUCACUCCCUAUAAAUAAAAUUCUUAGCUCAGUUAUUCGGUAAAUCUAGGGGGAAUGUA